UAACUCGCCCUAAAUCUGCCAUCUCUCUGCCUGCCAAAUUCACUCCCACUUCUAAUGGCACAUCAUUUUCUUUAAAGGGGGUGUAAUUGCAGACGGUGGAAACACGUCGUGGUCCUUUUGUGUUCCGACGACGUAGAUACUUUUAAAGAUCAGAAACUGCAGAAGACAGGAAGUGAUGCGGCCGUAACACAGUUUCUAUAUUAUAUCUGGGUGAUGAAAAAAAAGCACUUCCUUGUUUUGGUGGGGUUAGACAGAGAUAAGAGUUCAAUCUGCCUCGACGAUUACCAUCAUAUUCAAAAAGAUUCCUCCGGGUUCCGUACUCAAGCUGGACACAAACUCUUCCAACAUGUCUGUGGCCUCCAGCCCACAACGAGGUCUACUGGAGUCACCAACAGCAGGAGUCACUUUCUACAGCUUCACCUUCGUCAUCGGCGUCAUCGUCAACCUCACAGCUCUGUGGGUUUUUGCUCUGACCACCAAGAAGAGAAAUUCAGUGACUGUCUAUAUGAUCAAUGUGGCGGUCGUUGACCUCCUCUUCCUCCUGUUGCUCCCCUUCCGGAUGGUCUACCUCCAUCAAGGCUCCUGGCCUUUUGGAGAUCUGUUCUGCCGUGUCAGUGCUGCGCUAACCAUCUUCUACCCGUGUAUGGCUCUGUGGUUGUUUGCGCUCAUCAGUGCUGACCGCUACAUGGCGAUCGUGCAGCCAAAACACAGGAAGGAAUUGAGGAAUAUCCCGAAGACUGUGGCUGCUUGUGUCGGUGUGUGGAUGAUGACCCUGGGGGGCACCGUACCACUGCUCCUCUCUGAGGAUGACCCUGAUGUCACCUACAACUUUACCACCUGCUUCAAAAUGAGUGACAUCAUCCACCUGAACCAUGAAAACCCAGUCAAUUAUGUGCGCCUCAUCUUCUUCUUCCUGGUCCCGAUGGGCAUCAUGAUAGUCUGCUACCUGGUCAUCGUGGACAAUCUGAUUCACGGCCGUGUCUCCAAACUCAAACCUAAGAUCAAGCAGAAGUCCAUCCGGAUUAUUGUCACGCUUAUUGUCCAGUUGCUGGUGUGCUUUGUGCCGUUCCACGUGUGUCUGGUAAUGCGCUUGCUCGGGUGGGGCUACGACAAGCAUUUCAGCACUUGGGUCGUCUUCAGUGCCUUUUUGAUGAACUUGAGCACUGUCCUGGAUAUCAUCCUCUAUUACAUUGUUUCCAAGCAAUUCCAGGACAGAGUGAUCAGCGUGAUUCUCUAUAGGAACUAUCUGCGCAGUGUCAGGCGCAAGAGCAGACACACACACACUGGAAGCAUUCGCUCGUUGAGCAACCUGGCUAACCCGAUAGGAUGAGCUGGGAGUCGGAUUUGUUUCGUCCUAUUUGCACUGCACUCUGCAUAAGCAUAUACAGUACACAGCUUCAUGUCUUCAUUUGUCCAAU